AAAAUUUUUGUGGCUCCAAUUUCCAAAGACUGAGUCUUUGGAGAGCGAAAAUCCUCAAAGUCACCAGAUUUCACUCAAUUUUUAUCUGGGCAGUUGGAUUUUCGUCUUGGAAAUUGAAAUUUAUAGACAUUGUAGGACUCUUCUCAGUUCCAAAAUCUCAGAGGUUUUGCUGCCAUGGCAGUUUCAACGCAGCUCCAAUCUGUGACCAGUCUUGCUUCGUUGACUCACCGCACUAAGCUCGAAUUCCGAAGCAGCUGCUGCAUUCCUUCAGUUAUCAGAACAGAGCAGAGAAGCUCAGCUGCUGGCCGUGUCAAUGCCGUGCUCUCCUCCGCGCCCAGCGUUUCUGAGAAACCAAAUUCGAAGCCGCAGAUAGCUUCUUUCAGUGAGGUGACAAUUGGGUUGAUCGAGUCUUUGAUUAGUCGGGUGGAUUUGACGGAGGAGGAAGCUGAAGCGUCGUUGGAGUUCUUGCUGGAUGGUGCCAAUGAGGCUUUGAUCAGCGCGUUUCUUGUGUUGUUGAGAGCCAAAGGAGAGACUUAUGAAGAAAUUGUGGGAUUGGCAAAGGCAAUGAUGAAGCACAGUUUGAAGAUAGAAGACUUAGGGGAUGUGGUUGACAUUGUUGGAACUGGUGGUGAUGGCGCAAACACAGUAAACAUUUCCACAGGGGCUGCAAUACUUGCUGCAGCUUGUGGUGCAAAAGUUGCAAAGCAAGGAAGCCGUUCGAGUUCCUCUGCAUGUGGAAGUGCUGAUGUAUUAGAAGCUUUGGGGAUAAUAAUUGAUUUGGACCCUGAGGGGGUAACUAGAUGUGUGAACGAAGUAGGCAUUGGCUUUAUGAUGGCACCCAAAUAUCAUCCAGCAAUGCAUAUUGUUCACCCUGUCAGAAAGAAACUGAAAGUAAAGACCGUGUUUAACGUAUUGGGACCCAUGUUGAAUCCAGCAAGAGUACCUUUUGCUGUUGUUGGUGUAUACAAGGAUGACUUGGUCUUAAAGAUGGCCAAAGCUUUGCAAAGCUUUGGAAUGAAGAGAGCAUUAGUCGUUCACUCCAAAGGCUUGGACGAAAUGAGUCCACUUGGACCCGGGCAUAUCCUUGAUGUAACUCCUAAUAAGAUUGAGGAGUUCUCCUUUGAUCCAUUGGAUUUUGGAAUUCCUCGCUGCACCUUAGAUGAUUUGCGGGGUGGAGGCCCGGAGUAUAAUGCUGAUGCACUAAAGCGUGUAUUGUCAGGGGAGAAGGGUCCCGUUGCAGAUGCAUUUAUCUUAACCGCUGCAGCAGCUCUCUUGGUCAGCGGUCGGGUGAACACCUUAGCUGAAGGUAUCUCUUUGGCUCGUGAAACACAAAUGUCAGGGAAAGCUAUUAGGAUCCUUGACCAAUGGGUAGCUAUCUCCAAUACAAUGAUUAAGGAUACAAUUAUUUACUAAGGACGACGUCUGGUACGUGUUUGGAUAUCAGAUUCGACGAUGAAGACCCGUUGUAGAGUCAACGCAGUUGAGAGAACAAAAUAAGGUGAAGGGUUGUAUUUUGUAUAAUUACUGUUCUCUGUGUUUUCAUUCUGCCUCUGCAACUCGAAAACCAAGUGUAGUUUAUGAAACAAUGGAAGCAAAUAAGUUUCAAAGUUAUGUUUA